AUGCUGGAAUCUACUGGCUUACACGAAGCUUUCUCUACUUAUGCCUCCUCAUUAAGUCUGGCACAUAUGCUUGCUUCACUUCUGCAUUCCUGGGGUUUCGAUCCGAUAUUAGAUGCUGCUCUCACUAGUCGUAUUGGGUUAAAGCCAAUUAUCAGAUCCGAUUCAUGUGAUGAACAAAGUGCUAUGCACUCAGCUCCAAGCAACGACUUCUUGUCGACACUCCAACAUCCAAAGUCUGCACUAAAUUGUACCUCACUUCUUUCCCUGGGUCGACUCUCACGCCAUGGUUGUAUGGCACUUCGAAUGCCUGGUAAGUACCUUAGUCCUUUUGUCAGCAUUUAA